AUGGACAAGCGCCUGCGGGAGGCUCAGCUGUACAAGGAGGAAGGGAACCUGCGCUACCGGGAAGGGAAGUACCGAGAUGCUGUGAGUAGGUACCAUCGGGCUCUGCUUCAGCUGCGGGGUCUGGAUCCCAGCCUGCCCUCCCCGAUACCCGACCUGGGACACGAGGGCCCGGCCCUCACGCCUGCACAGGAAAGCAUGCUGCACGCCACCCAGACAGACUGCUACAACAACCUGGCGGCCUGUCUCCUUCAGAUGGAGCCAGUAAACUAUGAACGGGUGAAAGAAUACAGUCAGAAGGUCCUGGAGCGACAGCCUGAGAAUGCCAAGGCCCUGUACCGGGCCGGAGUAGCCUCCUUCCACCUGCAGGACUAUGACCAAGCUCGGCACUACCUCCUGGCCGCCGUCAACAGGCAGCCCAAAGAUGCCAAUGUCCGGCGGUACCUGCAGCUGACUCAGUCGGAGCUCAGCAGCUACCAUCAGAAAGAGAAGCAGCUCUACGUGGGCAUGUUUGGCUAA